AUGAUGAUACGGUCGAGUCGUUCGGCGACAAGAUUCAAUCUCACAUCUACCUUUAGUAAACGUUCCCUUUUCAAGGGUCUUCAGGAAGCCACAAAACAGCUUGAGAAAGCGAACUCCAAGAAAGAGUUGGAAGAAGGAUUCCACCAUGAAUACUCAAUUCGUCCAGAUACUUAUGCCUUUAAAGUAUCAGCAAACAACGAGAAAGGCCGUUCAUUCACAAGUUCAAAUACUCCAAAGACAUCUAGUAUUGAAUUGAAGCCUCAUCCCUUGCAGAAGUCUGACCACUCUAACUCCGAGAAAUUCAACUUGGUUGAAUUCAUCUACAGAUACUCGACCAAUUACCCGUUUGGAAACAAGUCCCCCCAGGAAGUUUACGAUAAAUAUCCGCUCACAAAUUCUGAAAAGUUGGCUCGUCUGCUGACUCGACCAAAGAAGGUUAAAAUGUCCACUGCAGACUUUAUCGAAGACUCUCUAUAUAACCCUCAAUACGGUUACUUUUCCAAAGAAGUAAGUAUCUAUCAACCAGAUAAACCAUUCGAUUACAACAAUAUCCAAGAUAUAGAUGAUUUCAUGGAUACCUGGCAGACGUCGUACGGGAAGUAUGACGAAAUUAAACUGCCAGUUGCUCCAAAGCCACAACAAUCUAAAUCACCAGCAGAAGCUUCUAAGGAACCAGAAUCCACAUCCAAGUUUGUCCAGCGAGCAAAGAUGAUCCAGAAGCAAGACAUGAGCGUUAUACAAACCCAGGAUCCAUCCAAAAGAAAAUCUUUGCAAUUAUGGCAUACUCCCACCGAAUUAUUCCAACCUUUCUAUGGGGAAGCUAUAGCCAGAUACAUUUUAGUUAACUACCACUUGAAUGGAACCUAUCCAUACGAGGAUUUGAUCAUCUAUGAAAUGGGAGGUGGUAACGGUACCUUAAUGUGUAAUAUCCUCAACUAUAUCAGAAACACUCAGCCGGAUGUGUAUGCCAGAACCCAGUAUAAGAUUAUUGAGAUAUCGAGCCAGUUAGCAUCUAAGCAAAUGGAGAAUGCUUUGAAGAAUAAGUUAGUCAACCAAGGAUUGGAUCAGUCUAAGUUAGAGAUUAUCAACAAGUCGAUAUUCAAAUGGGAUAAAGUUGUUCAUGAUCCGUGCUAUUUCAUUGCUUUGGAAGUGUUCGACAAUUUUGCUCAUGAUGUCAUAAGAUAUGACAAUGUGACAGGACAACCUUAUGAAGGAAAGGUCUUAGUUGAUGAACAUGGAGAUUUCUAUGAAUUCUACACACCAGAAUUAAGUUACUACACAAACGCAUAUUUGCAAUUGAGAGAGAAUGGUGAGUACUCGGUAUUGAAACAAUCAAAUACCCUCAGUGCUAAGAUGGAUACUUUCAAGAGUUUAGUUCCCUUCAUCACUGAUAAGGACAAAAUCCAUCCGUUACUUCAAUCAUCUACAAAAUUGAAGUGGCAAAAUUCCUUGUUGCCUUUCAAGGAUAAUAUGACACCAGCAGAGUUCAUACCGACUAGACUUUUGGAAUUCUUCCAAAUUCUAAAGCAUAGAUUCCCUAAUCACUCUUUGAUUUCUUCAGACUUCCAUUAUUUGCCAAAGGCAAUGAAGGGCUGCUAUAACGGGCCUGUUGUGCAAACCGUGCUUCAAAAUAGAACAGUCGAUGUUAGCACAUAUAUGUGCUAUCAGGGCUACUUUGAUAUUAUGUUUCCUACAGACUUUGGUGUUUCCAGUGACAUUUACAAGCAAUUGACAGGUAAAGUUCCACGAGUAGAAUCGCAUAAGGAAUUCUUGAGUCAAUGGGCUGACCUUGAUGCCACGACUACUAAAGCAGGUGAAAACCCUAUGCUUGACUUCUAUAGAAACGUCAGUUUCAUGGUUAGUUAA